UAAACUUGGCCCCGUCCCGGCGUGGGGGGAGGGGGGGAACAGGGUGGCCGGCGAGCGGGCGGAGGCGGAGGCCGGCAGGUCUUUGGACCCAGAGGAAUCGCGCAGCCCGGGCCGGGCGAGGAUUGGGCAGGUGUGAGAAGAGGAAUCUGGGAGUGUCUGCCCGCGCCGCCCCUCUCCCCUCGCCCGCUUCCGUUCCCUGGCCUGGAGACCACCGGAAGUUGGCUGGCAUCCUCAGGCGCCAACAUGGCGGGCAGGUGGAGGCCCCGCGGCGGGAGACGGUCGCAAUGAAUCCCUGAAGAACCUUCCGCUCUGCGUUCCCGGUGACGGCAGGAGCGUUCGGCUACUGAACUCUGACUUUCGGCAAGCGGGGCGACAACAUGGCUCAGGCGAGUCUCCUGGCCUGCGCGGGCCUCGCGGGCGUGAGCCUGGUGCCCACCGCCGCCAGUAAGAAGAUGAUGCUGAGCCAGAUCGCCAGCAAGCAGGCGGAGAACGGCGAGCACGCCGGUGGGCCUGACGCCCUGCGCUGCUCCGGCCAGGGAGAGAUGGUCAGCAAGAGAGGGUCCGGUGUCGUCCGCCAGGGACACCGGAAAGAGGACAAGUCCCGGAGCCGCAAGGACGACGGCAGCUCGGCCGAGGCCUCGCAUUCGAAAAAGUCCCUUAAAAAGGUGGUGGUGGAGCAGAACGGCUCGUUCCAGCACAAGAAUCCCAAGAACUUCAUCUGCGAGCACUGUUUCGGCGCCUUCCGCAGCAGCUACCACCUCAAGCGGCACAUUCUCAUUCACACGGGCGAGAAGCCGUUCGAGUGUGACGAGUGUGACAUGCGUUUCAUCCAGAAGUACCACCUGGAACGCCACAAACGCGUACACAGCGGGGAGAAACCCUACCAGUGUGAGCGCUGCCAGCAGAGCUUCUCCCGCACAGACCGGCUGCUCAGACACAAGCGGAUGUGCCAGGGUUGCCAUUCCAAGACCCCCGAGGGGCAGUUCUCCCUCUAGGCGCGGGGGGCCGAGGCGGCGGGAACGGACGGGACCGAGCCGCCCGGAUCCGGCCUCGCCGGGACGUCUCUCCCCCGACUCCUCUCCUACCCCGAGCCCCCACCCUAGCCCGGCGCCGGCGGGCGAGGAGCGGGCGAGGACCGGGGGGACGACUGCCCUCCCGGCCUCCCCCUCCCUUGACGCCGCAAUCUACCGCCACGAGGCUGCAAGACUGAGCCGUGAGCCCUGGACUCCCCACCCCCCGGGAGAAAUGAAGAGGGCAGGGGGAGGGGAGAGGACCAGAUCUUGCCUUUUUUUUUUUCCCCCUCUCUGCCCCUCCCUCCUCUCUUGUUUUUUUCUAAAUUUCAAAUAAUCCAAAAGCAAUUUGAGCCCCAUCUUGGGAUGGCAGGGGGAGACGGGGUUGGGGAUUCUCGGGGCCGCCCAGCAGCCGUCGAGGCCCAGAAUCCGUCCCCGGCAGCCCCCCGCGGCGGUCGGCGGCGGAGCCCCGCCCCCACAGCCGCCCGGGGAGAGGAGCCGACCCCGGACGCUCGCGGAGAGGGUGGGCCCGGACCCGGCCGACCACCCCCUGCCCCGCGUCCCGCUGGGAAGCGGCCACCGGCCCACGUAGGUUCGACCCCGGGCCCGGCUGUCCCACUGGGUUUGCCCGGGCCGGCUCAAGUGCCUUCUGCCAAAACCGGGCACGGGGAGGGGCCGGGGCCCGGGCCGGCACCUCCCCGCCCCUGGGCACACGGGGCUAAGCGGGGCCGCCGGUGUGGGCAGAAGCAGAGGUCCGGGAGAACCGCUGGUCACCCCGGGGGGGGGGGGGUCUUUGGAUGGAACCGGCAGCUCCCUGACCCCGGGGACACUGCUGAGGGGUGGGGGUUGAGAGAUGGCGUCUGGUCUUCCGGGUCAGAGACGGCCCCCGCCCCAACCCUGCCCUCGCUCCCACGGUUGGCGUGCGUGACCUGCCUGGGUGGCGGCGGGCCGGACUCUGUUCCCAAAUCGGGGGGUGCGUCUCGGCCCCGCCCCGUCCCCCCAAGAUGCUGAGGGCCCGGUGGGGGGGAGCGACGGUAGGCAUCGCGGCUUAGACUGGGGGAAACCCCCCUCGGGAAGGCCGGGGCGGGAGGGUGGCGGGGAGCUACUUAGCACUGUUAGGGGAGGGACCGCUCAGAGAUGGGGCGGAGGUGUACUUGAAAGAUCUGGAUUUCUCUCUCGCUUCCUCUGUGUCUGACACACACACACACACAACCUCCCCCCCUCCCCCCCGUUUACUCUGAAGUUCUCUCUGACACACUUACACACUCUCAUCCCUGAAGUUCUGUCUCUUUUCCUCUCUCUGUCUCUCACAGACACUCACACACGCAUAUCUAUUACCCUGGAGUUGGCUCUCUUUCUCCCACCCCACACCCCAAUGUAUAUCACCCGGGAGUUCUCACACUCACAGACACAAACCAUCUGUCACACCAGGAAUUUUCUCUCUGUCUCUGUCUCGCACACAUACAUACGGUCACACACACACCCCUCCCCCGGGUUCCUUCACGUAUACUUCAUCCAUCACCCCUAGGAUUCACUCACGUACCCAUCACCCCUGGUGUGCCCUCCCCCUCCCUCCGGGGUGGGGUGGGGAUUCAGUCACAGACCGUCCCGCUCUUCCCCCCGACAAAGGUUUGCUCCCGUGGGCCUUUCCGUACUGUGAACCCAGGAGUUCCCCGACAUCCGCCCCCCUCGGUGGCAGCCCCCGGCUCUCCCCAGGCGGGCUCUCGCACGGCCCGGUCGGCCCGUCGGGCCCGGGAGCUCUGGGGAGAAGCAGGAUUGGGGGGGAGGGUUCGAGGGGAGAUGGGGGGGCUCCGUCCCGGUAGCCCUGAGCCUCCCCGCCUCCCGGCGGGGAAGGCCUCAGCUCCGUCCUGAAGCGAGGACGGCCGUGGGGGGUCGGGGGAGUGACGGGGGUCAUGCCGUUGGAGCAGGUGCUGAGGUUUUGGGGGCGGGGACCCUCCCAGCCCCAGGAAACCACCAGGGAGAAGCUGUUACGAUUGGGGGGCGGGGAGGGGCACCUCGGGCCUGGCACGAUCCUCCCAACCCCUCCCCCUUCUACCUCUGCGUCCGGGGACCCAGGCCCGGCCCACGCCUGCUCAGCUACUGAUGGUGUCGCUCGGCCCCUUCCCCUCCCCUUUUUUUUAAUAUACUUAUUUUGCUAUGGACGGGAGGUGGGGUGGGAGGGGCAGGGGGCUGCCAGCUCUCUGGAGCAGGACCCUUUUAAAUGGUAGUUUUUAUAAGAUGUUAUAAACUUGUAUCUUUUUACGAUGGAA